AACUCCAACCAAACAAACGAGCCCUUCAAGGGCAAGAGCAAAGAAUUCUCGUCGCUUUUCUUGUUCGCCCUCCACCCUUUUCUCCCUUUCUCCGAUUCGCCACACCGGCUAGCUUCUCCCCUCCACUCUCAAAUACCUCACCCUCCCCCCUUGCCCUCGGCUGUGGAGUAGUAGAACAGCUAGUAGUAACGCACUGAUCGUUCUCCUCUUCCCAUAAUGGCUCUCCCCUACUUGGAAGCGGUCCUGGGCUUUAUGAUCUUAAUGUACAUUUUGGAGACUUAUUUAGACAUUCGGCAGCAUGCAGCUCUCAAGCUGCCCAGCCUACCAAAACCAUUGGAAGGUGUGGUGAGUCAAGAAAAGUUUGAAAAAUCUAGAGCUUAUAGCCUUGAUAAAAGCCACUUCCACUUUGUUCACGAAGCUGUGACUAUACUGAUGGACACUGCGAUUUUGUAUUUUGGCGUGCUACCUUGGUUUUGGAAGAAAUCUGGAGACUUUGUAGCAUACAUGGGCCUGAAUGCAGAGAAUGAAAUAAUACACACACUUUCAUUUUUAGCAGGUGUUAUGAUUUGGUCACAGAUAACGGACCUGCCAUUUUCUCUUUAUUCAACAUUCGUGGUCGAGACUCGCCAUGGGUUUAAUAAACAAACAAUAUGGCUGUUCUUCAGGGACAUGCUUAAAGGAAUUUGUCUUUCCAUCCUACUUGGACCACCAAUUGUAGCUGCAAUUAUUGUCAUAGUACAGAAAGGAGGUCCUUACCUGGCAAUAUACCUCUGGGCUUUUAUGUUUGUACUCUCCAUUGUAAUGAUGACGCUGUAUCCCAUUUUAAUCGCUCCUCUGUUCAAUAAGUUCACUCCUCUUCCUGAAGGAGAGCUUAGAGAGAAAAUAGAGAAGCUAGCAGCAUCCCUCAAGUUUCCAUUGAAAAAGCUCUUUGUUGUUGAUGGAUCUACAAGAUCAAGCCAUAGUAAUGCAUAUAUGUAUGGAUUCUUCAACAACAAACGAAUAGUUCUCUAUGACACAUUGAUUCAGCAGUGCAAAAAUGAGGUGGAAGUAGUUGCAGUUAUUGCUCAUGAACUUGGACAUUGGAAACUCAAUCAUACAAUGUACUCUUUCAUUGCUGUUCAGAUUCUCACAUUUUUGCAAUUUGGAGGAUAUACUCUUGUAAGGAACUCAAAGGAUCUUUUUCAAAGUUUUGGCUUUGAUACUCAGCCAGUACUUAUCGGCCUCAUCAUCUUUCAGCAUACUGUUAUACCCCUCCAGCACCUUGUCAGCUUUGGUCUCAAUCUUGUCAGCAGGGCUUUUGAAUUUCAGGCUGAUGCUUUUGCAAAGAAACUGGGUUAUGCUGCAGCACUUCGAUCGGGCCUUGUGAAAUUGCAGGAAGAGAACCUGUCUGCUAUGAACACAGAUCCAUGGUAUUCAGCUUACCACUACUCCCAUCCUCCACUAGUUGAAAGACUCACGGCUCUCGAAGAGCCUGGCAGUAAGAAGGAAGAUUAAUCUGAUGUGGGUACAUGUGAUCUCAUUGUUGAACAAGAAUUGUUCAUCUUUGUGUGUGUUCAAUCCUGAGUGUUUUACGGAAGGAGUGGCAUUUAUGCGCUGGAGUUCAGGCAUAAACCAUCCUCAAUAGAUGUUGAUUCAGAGGAAGUGGACGUAUAAGAGCCUCUAUCUGGAAUGUGGAUUGUAUUUUAUAAGUAACUUCUCCAGAAUUUCAUUAGAUUGCUUAUGACUUACCAUACUUCCAAACUAGGAUUCUGUAUAUGAAAUUGCAAAUUUUGUGCCAAUAUAUGUACCUGCAUUCUCUUUCAAAAAAUAUAAAUAGCUGCCUGCAUACAA